AUUGGAAAUUGGACUGCGCGUUAACAUAUUCAACCUUAGAAACAAAACUAGCCCUACACGCCCACAGCGUCACUGGUUAUAAAUAGCGAGCUGUAAUUGUGUCGUUAAUUAUCUAACCUAGCCGAGUUUAGUCGGAAUGUCUAAAGUUAAGGUUGGAAUUAUUGGGGGUUCUGGAUUCGAUGACCCUAAUCUAUUCAAAAAAGUAGGAGUGCGACAAGUAACUACUCCGUUUGGAAAGCCGUCAGACACUCUUGUCGAAGGUUUUGUUGGAGAUGUUGCAUGUGUUGUACUUCCCAGACAUGGUAAAGGACACUUAAUUCCACCCAGCGAAGUCAACUAUCGCGCCAACGUUUGGGCCUUGAAAGAUCUCGGGUGUACUCAUAUAUUAGCUACCAACGCUUGUGGUAGUCUGCAGGAGGACUUGGUACCUGGAGAUUUCGUUGUUCUUAAUCAGUUUAUGGAUAAAACUUGGGGCCGUGAAAAUACGUUUUAUGGAAGCAAACCUGAUUCAUUGAAAGGAGUCUUACAUAUGCCGAUGGCAGAACCAUUUUGUGAAAGAACACGUCAGAUAUUAAUCCAAGCAGCCAGAAAUAAAUCAAUAAAUGUUUAUGACAAAAAAACUAUGGAUAAAUCAGCCUGUAUUCAUCCAUGUGUACAUGCUGAAGGUUCUGCAGUAACUAUUAAUGGCCCACGUUUUUCAACCCGUUGCGAAUCAUUUAUUCAUAAAGCAAUGGGAUUGGACAUAGUUAACAUGACAUUAGUUCCUGAAGUUUCAUUGGCUCGUGAAGCUGGUUUAAGUUAUGCUUCUAUAGCAAUUGUUACAGAUUUUGAUUGUUGGAAAUCAGAAGAGGAACAUGUCUGUGUUGAUAUGGUUUUGGAACAGUUUCGUAAAAGUGUUGUUCAUGUUAGAGAAAUUCUAUUAGAAGCUGUGGCAUUGAUUGGCGCCGAAGACUGGACAAAAACUAUUGAAGCAAAUAAGGCGCUAGUGAUGAGCUCACGUCAAGACUUACUUCAUCAAGGAAGUAAUGACAAAUAAACAUGAAGUGAAUUGGAAUUUAUUGAAGUUUAAUUGACUAUUUUACAAAUAAAGAAUUCGAAGAAUGUUCUUAUUUAACUGACAUUAAUUAUAAAAUUGAAUACUUUUCAUGACAAGUAUUUUAUAUUUUUAAUUUGUUGUUGUGUUAACUUCCGCUAAAAUUUGUAUAUGAAAAUAAAGCUUAAAACAAUAAA